GAGCUGUGCGUGCCCUGUACGUGCUUCUCCGACACGCUCGAGCCGCGGACCGGGAGAGAUCCUUUUACGAUGGUGGAAAAGCUAACGCGACGGUACAGCCUUUUGUGGAGAAAUUCGGAGAUUUGACAUUGAGAGAUUCAAGGCUGUGAACCCUCGUGAGCUGGAAUUCCCCUUGCUGCGCGUGGUGCUUAGCAUGCUUGGAGUGGUACACACAGAAGGAGGGAUGGUGCAGGGCAAAAAUAUUCGUCUUGGCUACUACCGUCACAUGGACAUCUUCAAGGGGAUUCCCUUUGCUGACAUUCCUGGGAGGUUUGAGAAACCAAAGCCUCAUCCUGGCUGGGAUGCUAUUCUGGAGGCCACUGAAUACAGACAGAAAUGCUAUCAGAUGUCCAGAUCAAUGAAUGAACUCAGCGGCAGUGAGGACUGUCUUUAUCUGAACAUUUGGGUUCCUCAUGGCAGCUCAGUGUCCAGUGAUCUACCUGUCAUGGUCUGGAUCCAUGGAGGAGGCUUCUUGUUUGGAAACUCAGUGGGUCAUGUGUCAGAUUCCACUUUGUAUGAUGGGCAGGAGAUCGCAGACAGAGGAAAUGUUAUUGUGGUGACGCUGGCAUACCGUGUGGGAACUCUGGGCUUCCUGAGCACUGGAGACUCCAGUAUGCCUGGAAAUUAUGGUCUGUGGGACCAGCAGGCAGCCAUCGCCUGGGUGCACAGAAACAUCCACUCAUUUGGAGGAGACCCUGACAACAUCACCAUCUUUGGAGAGUCUGCAGGUGGAAUUAGUGUGAACUUGCAGGCUGUUACUCCCCACAACAAAGGACUGAUCAAGAGAGCCAUCUCCCAGAGUGGGGUCGCGCUUUGCUCUUGGGCUGUCAAUAGAAACCCCCGCAGUGUUGCUGAGGAGAUUGCUUUCAAGGUCAACUGCUCGACAGAUAACAAUAUGGCUGCCUGUUUGAAGAUGACUGAUCCUGAACAACUUACAGUGGCAGGUGCCUUGAAUACAACUGGCUCCCCUGAUCAUCCCGUCAUAGACAGCUUGGUCCUGAUUCCUGUGAUUGAUGGUGACUUCCUGCCAGAUGAGCCUUCCAACUUGUUCGACAAUAUGGCCGACAUUGACUACAUGGCUGGAGUCAACGACAUGGAUGGAUUUACCUCAACUGCUCAUGAUGUUCCAUCAAUCAUGUCUGACCAGGUGGACACUCUAAUAGAGGAUUUGAAGAGACUCUUGGCUUCCUACACGAAGGACAAGGGUGCAGCUGGUUUGAACAAAGCCUACACCCUGUACACCUCAACCUGGGAAACCACUCCCAAAAUGGAGACCAUCAAGAAGACUGUUUUAGAUAUUGGAACAGACUACAUCUUCCUGGUUCCUACACAGGCUUCACUUCACCAUCAUGCUGCUAAGGCCAUAACUAAACACACCUACUCCUACCUCUUCUCUGAGCCCAACCUUAUGGCCGGCAGGAUUUACCCCAGCUGGAUGGGAGCUAACCACUUUGAUGAUGUGCAGUACGUGUUUGGAAGGCCGUUCACCAACACGACAAAGUACUUGCCUCAACAUUGUGACCUCUCUGGCUACAUGAUCGCCUACUGGACCAACUUUGCCAAAACUGGAGAUCCCAACCAAGGAGGCCUGGAAGUGCCUGUGACCUGGCCCAAAUUCACCAGCACUGGACAACAGUAUCUGGAGAUUCAUCAUACCAUGAAGAAAGGCUUUGUAAAACAGAAGAUGAGGCUGCGUUAUGUGCACUUCUGGACCAGCAUCCUGCCCAACCUUCCCACAACACAUGAGAAUGAAGAACUAGUGAUAUCACCUUCAACAAGUCUUGAUGACCCACAAACAGGCAUUGUGUCCUCAGAUGGAGGCCACUUGAAUGACACCGCCUGUGUUUGACAGCAGCCUCUAGUGAACAACAGCGAACGGGAAAAAAACUGGUUCCAGAAACUAUGCGACAAUAAGUCAGAAAGAAGAGAGGCAUCCGCUGUGGGAAAAUGAUUUCACCCUUCACCAGGACACGCCAGCACUCACUUUUCACAGUGGAGCAGUUUUUGGCUGAGAGCGCAGUGCUUGACCAUUUUCACCUGCUCCUGUUCACCUGAUUUAGCACCAUGUUGCUUUUUUUAAAAUUUUCCCUAGCAUCAAAUGAGCAUUCAAGCAUAAAAUGUGUUUUUAAUUAGAAUACCAGCAUGCAGCAGCGUAGAAUCCAGAGGGAGAAAUUACUGAACAGGAAAUCAAUUGAAAUGUAUGUUUUCUUUAUUAAGGUUGAGUUACAGCAUUGUAUUUAACAGUUACAUAUUAUAAACAUGAAAAACAACAUGACUUCAUCUUCCUGUUGGUUUGUGGCUAUGAUGUAUAUUAUAUACACCACCAUUCGUAAGUUUGAGGUCACCGCGGAAAUUUCAUGUUUUCCAUGAAAACGCACACUUUUAUUCAUGUGGUAACAUAACUGCACAAGGGUUUUCUAAUCGUCAGUUAGCCUUUCAACACCAUUAGCUAACACAAUGUAGCAUUAGAACACAGGAGUGAUGGUUGCUGGAAAUGUUCCUCUGUACCCCUAUGGAGAUAUUCCAUUAAAAACCAGUGUUUUUUAAUGCAACACCAACAAGAACUUCUGUCCUGAGGACAAACCCAAGUACAUCAGAUGUGAACAGUGCGACUAUUCGAGCUGGAAGCUAGAAUAGUCAUUUCAAACAUUAACAAUGUCUAGACUGUAUUUCUGAUUAAUGUUAUCUUCAUUGAAAAAAAUGCUAUUCUUCUUCUAAGUGGCCCCAAACUUUUGAACAGUAGUGUACAUACCAACAAACGUGUGUGUAAACGUGGGGAUUGUGGAGAAAGAGCCAUGUGUCUGAGGUAUUGUGCAGAAAACUAACAUAUAUAUGUACAUAUCCAUGGCUAAUAAGAUAAAGAAUAACAUUUUUGAGAGAUGCCAAUGUCACUUUAAUUCACUGAAUUUGACACUGUCGGCCAGGAUGAAGGCGAACAAAGAUUAAUUUUAUACCAGACAAGUGUGACUUUGAGCACAGUUGGACAGCUGUGUAAACUCAGUAAGGGUUGGCUUCCUGACAAAGGCUCAAGUUGGAAAAUCAAAAAAAAUAAAAGAAUCACUUUUGAAA